AUCAAAUUUUUAAAUCUAGGCUGAGGCUUCUCAUGGUCUAACGCCGAAUAAGUGUAAUAUUUUUUCCAUAUUUAAGUAAUGCAAGUUUAAUUACCGUCAUGUUUUAGAAAUAGUUUUAAUGUCUGUUUGGUUGCAAUGCAAUUAUUUCAUUCCAUCUUUCAGGACCUUGAGGUAUUGCUUCCUUUCAGCCAUUGAGCUGGGCAGGGUCCAUACUGUUUUGGUUUUACUACAACCUCUGCGUGAUUUUGCGGGUAAAAUGCCGAGACGUUGCCUAUAUUAGACAUCAUUCUAUGGUGUAGGGUGAAUAUAUUUCGUCGGCUGGUGUCGUCGAUAAGAAAUAAAAGGCCUAUCAUGUCUGGAGCGGCCGCCGGAGGAGGCUCCUCCUGUCUGGGCGCAGCAGCCGCAGCCAGUUGCAGCAGUGCCGGGGGUUCAUACGCUGCUGCGGCGGGUGGAGGUGCAGGGGUGGCCGGGAGACUGCCCGGCCGGGUCCUGGAGCAUAUUUUCUCCUAUUUGGACAUGGCCGAUUUAAUGCGCUGCUCGCUGGUGUGCUGGCACUGGAACAAUAUCCUGGCGGAUGAAAACAGCGAGGUGUGGCGCAGCCUCAGCACCCGGACUCUGAGCGAGGAGGCUCUGCGGUCUGACAUCCUGUGUAACCUGCCGACCUACAAGGGGAAACUCAAGUCCUUCCAGCACGCUUUGAGCUCGCACGACUGCUCACGCAACGUUUACGUGAAGAAGAAUGGCUUCACCCUGCACCGCAACCCCAUCGCCCAGAGCACGGAUGGCGCGCGGGGCAAGAUCGGCUUCUCCGAGGGGCGUCACGCCUGGGAGAUCUGGUGGGAGGGGCCCCUGGGAACCGUGGCCGUGAUCGGCAUUGCCACCAAACGGGCGCAGAUGCAGUGCCAAGGCUAUGUGGCCUUGCUGGGGAGUGACGACCAGAGCUGGGGCUGGAACCUGGUGGACAACAACCUGCUUCAUAACGGGGAGGUCAACGGGAACUUCCCCCAGUGCAACAACGCACCCAAAUACCAGAUUGGGGAAAGAAUACGAGUGAUUCUAGACAUGGAUGACAAGACUCUGGCGUUCGAGAGGGGCUUUGAGUUCCUGGGAGUGGCGUUCCGUGGACUGCCCAAAGCCUGCCUGUUCCCCGCCGUGUCCGCAGUGUACGGCAACACUGAAGUCACCAUGGUGUACCUGGGCAAGCCUCUGGACGGCUAGAGGCAGAACAAUCUGUGCCACUACCAAACUGACGGGAGCGCUGGACUGGCUGCCUACAGUUUGCACCUUGUCAAAAGGUUUUGUUUUUAGGCCAAGAGGCCCACUGUCACGAUUCUUCCAAACAGAAUGACUUUAUUUUCUGACACAAAGAGAACUCUGCGUUUCUACCAGAGCUGGAAUUAAAUCCAGAGUCAAUGUUUUGUGAGCACUGGAACGGGGUAAAGGAAUGGGGGUUGGCUGUCAUGGAGAUAUUUCCAUAUCAACAUUGAAGUAUCAAUUUUACAUGUUGGGGGGAGGGGCAUAGGUUUGUGUCAGGGAUUACUUGAGAUUUGCUCGAACAAGGCCAAAACAAUUACAAACCAUGGCGAAUACUUUUACAACAUCAUGUUAGCAAAUCAUACACUUAUUAUCAAAGGCCGAUGUACGACGACAGUGAAGCGGCUCAUCGCGGUUUAACAGCUGAAAACAACACUGAGGACUGGAUCAUAAUGGUUUCUUGCCAAAACAAUGUACAGUGAUAUUUGCAUAGAGGACAUGUGGGCCAAAAUCUGCAUCGACAUGUGGACUUUAUUGCUUUAAACGCUUUAUAUCGGCCUAUGGACUCUAAUGUUCUACAAAUACUCCCAGAAACCACCUGAACGCGUCAGAAACUAUACCUGUAUAAUAUGACUGUGUAACCUUUUUAAUGUGCUAUUGUAGUAUUACACACUAUUUAUUUCUCGGUUUUAUCCAUGGUACUGUUGAUGGGGUUAUCAGGCCUGAAAAUAAAGUCUACAUGGUGCCAGUCUUAGAUGUCCGAAUAAAGACAGCUUGAUGCUUGUG